AGGAGCAUGGCGUCGGCCCCGCCGGCCUCGCCCCUGGGCUCGGAGCCGCCGGGGCCCGGCGCCAGCUCCUGGGGGGAAGCCGCUGCGCCCCGAGCCGCUGCGGAUGGCGGGGCGCGCUGGAGCGCCGGGGCCGGCCCCGGGCUGGAGGAGGCCCCGGAACCCGGGGAGGCCCCGCCCCGCCGCCACGCUUCGGCCGCUGGGCAGGGCUCCGAGAGCCCCGGAAGCCGGCCCACAGGCCCCGCUCCGAGGCGCCCGCUUCCAGAACGCUUGACUCCGUUGUUCUCCUGGACUGAGAAGCCCGAGGAGUGUGGCCCGGGCUGCCCGGAGAGCGCGCCUUUCCGCUUGCAGGGGUCCGCUAGCAGCCACCGAGCGCGGGCGAGGUCGACCCUCUUCUCUCCCUUCCCGCGCCCACGGCGGGCCGAGCUGGCGCUGGAGGAGGGUCCCGGGUCCCCGCCGCAGCCCUCGGAUCUCAGCCAGACGCCACCCCUUCCCGAGCGAGCCCGCGGGAGCAGGAGGACGGCCCCCGCCUCCGAGCCGUGUUCGACUGCCCUGGACGGGGAUGGGGACGGUUUCGUCCGCAUCGAGGACUUGUCCAGUUUGCCACGGUUCUACGGAAGUGAGGAGGUGAAGGACUUAACUAAGUACUUGGAUCCCAGUGGGCUCGGCGUGAUCAGCUUUGAAGACUUCUACCAAGGGAUCACAGCUAUCAGAAACGGAGAUCCCGAUGGCCAGUGCUACGGUGGCGUCGCUUCUGCCCAAGACGAGGAGCCCCUGGCCUGCCCGGAUGAGUUCGAUGACUUCGUUACCUACGAGGCCAACGAGGUGACGGACAGCGCGUACAUGGGCUCCGAGAGCACCUACAGUGAGUGUGAGACCUUCACAGACGAGGACACCAGCACCCUGGUGCACCCUGAGCUGCAACCUGAAGGGGACGCAGACAGUGCCGGCGGCUCGGCAGUGCCCUCCGAGUGCCUGGACGCCAUGGAGGAGCCCGACCAUGGUGCCCUGCUGCUGCUCCCGGGCAGGUCUCACCCCCAUGGCCAGUCUGUCAUCACGGUGAUUGGGGGUGAGGAGCACUUUGAGGACUACGGUGAAGGCAGUGAGGCAGAGCUGUCCCCAGAGACCCUGUGCAACGGGCAGCUCGGCUGCAGUGACCCCGCUUUCCUCACGCCCAGUCCGACAAAGCGGCUCUCCAGCAAGAAGGUGGCAAGGUACCUGCACCAGUCAGGGGCCCUGACUAUGGAGGCCCUGGAGGACCCUUCCCCCGAGCUCGUGGAGGGCCCAGAGGAGGACAUUGCUGACAAGGUCGUCUUCCUGGAAAGGCGUGUGCUGGAGCUGGAAAAGGACACGGCAGCCACUGGCGAGCAACACAGCCGCCUGAGGCAGGAGAACCUGCAGCUGGUGCACAGAGCAAACGCCCUGGAGGAGCAGCUGAAGGAGCAGGAGCUGAGAGCCUGCGAGAUGGUCCUGGAAGAGACCCGGCGGCAGAAGGAGCUCCUGUGCAAGAUGGAGAGGGAGAAGAGCAUCGAGAUCGAGAACCUGCAGGCCAGGCUACAGCAACUGGACGAGGAGAACAGUGAGCUCCGGUCCUGCACGCCCUGUCUGAAGGCCAACAUUGAGCGCCUGGAGGAGGAAAAGCAGAAGCUGUUGGAUGAGAUAGAGUCGCUGACGCUGCGGCUCAGCGAAGAGCAGGAGAACAAGAGGAGGAUGGGGGACAGGCUGAGUCACGAGAGGCACCAGUUCCAGAGGGACAAGGAGGCCACACAGGAGCUGAUCGAGGACCUCCGAAAGCAGCUGGAGCACCUGCAGCUCCUGAAGCUGGAGGCUGAGCAGCGGCGGGGCCGCAGUAGCAGCAUGGGCCUGCAGGAGUACCACAGCCGCGCCCGGGAGAGCGAGCUGGAGCAGGAGGUCCGCAGGCUGAAGCAGGACAACCGCAACCUUAAGGAGCAGAACGAGGAGCUGAACGGGCAGAUCAUUACCCUCAGCAUCCAGGGCGCCAAGAGCCUCUUCUCCACAGCCUUCUCUGAGUCCCUGGCUGCAGAGAUCAGCUCUGUCUCCCGAGAUGAGCUCAUGGAGGCAAUUCAGAAGCAGGAGGAGAUCAACUUCCGCCUGCAGGACUACAUCGACAGGAUCAUCGUGGCCAUCAUGGAGACCAACCCGUCCAUCCUGGAGGUCAAGUAGAGGCAAGAAGGCCCAGCCUGGGCUAGAUUCGGGACUUCAACACCCUGGAGUGGUCCCGUCACACCGUGAGGAGCCAAGACCAGCAGGUCCCACAGCCGACGGUGCCCAGAGCAUGCAGGGAGUCCUCAUGCAGCUGGGCUGGGGCCGCCAAAGACAGGGGCUGCCAAAGGGGCAGAGGGUGGUGGAGAGGAGAGGGAGAAAGGGAAGUCCCAGGGCCCGGGGUUCAUAGAGGGUGAAGGUUGUGACGGGGCCAUCCAUCAGCGCUGACCUUUCGGGGGGCCCAGAGCUUUCCAGCCCUAAGUCACCCUGGCCGUGAACGCCUAUACUUCAGUUCAGCAGGAUGGGCUGGAGAGCCUCUCUGUGCAGAGGUGUGGGGUGAGCCCCGCUGUGGCCUCCUUGUGGUGGUCCCUCUUUCCACAUGCAGCCCUAUUGGGAAGAAAGGAAGAAAACGGGUCCUUCCAGGGGUGCUGCUGCCUAAGCCACCCGCACAAGUACCCUGGUGCCGUUUCACCCAUGCUGAGCCGCUGCUGAUGGCUGACGGGCUCCCGGACCCUCAUCUCAGACAUGGUGGUGCGGGAAGGACGGGUGGGCAAGGCUGGUGCAUUUCCCCAGCUCUACCUACGCUGCUUGGGCCAUUGCCCAGUCAGAUGUGGUCACCUCAGUCCAGCUCUGGGGCCUCCAGGCCAUGUGGCUGUUCCCAUGGCCCAUUCCUCGCUGCAGUAACCCCUGGGGGCUCUGACCACCUAUGGGGGUUGGGCAGGAGCCACUGGGGCCCUCCACUCCGACAUCAGGACCUGAGAUUACAGCUGUGUGGCGCUCUCUCCCUGGGUGGGGUGGAUGCUGCAGGCCCCUCUGGCUCCCAGGUGCUGCUUCUCCACAGGUGCGGCCUGACCUGGCCUCCUAAAGGCCACACCCUCCCCACGCACUUCCCAGGCCAGAGUCCAAACAUCGGGAACCCUGUUUUCUUGUUUGUAUCUCACUUAGAAAUCAUGGUUCUUCCCCGAGGGUGCGUGUUGUAGGAGGGAGAGGGCAGGGAAGACUCACAGCAGAGCGGGAGGGGCUGCGCUUCUCGGGUCCGCACCCCAGGCGCAGCGGUGUCACCCCGCAGGGCUGCGGGCCUGCCCCCGACCCCCAGCAUUCCCGGGUGGGCCCAGACCCCAUCACCAAGACUGGCCACCUGCUGCGUGAGAGUGCGCGCAUGUGUGCAUGCAUGCGUGCGUGCACCUGUAUGGCCCCGCAUCCACCGCCUUCCAUGCUAGGAUGUAAGAGGUCGCCUCCUAUUGUACAUUUGGGGAAAGCCUUGGGUGUAAAUCAGUGUAAACUUGGAGGAGAAAUUUUUCUAUCAUGUAGAGUAGGUAUUUUUUAUAGAUUGAAGGUUGAUCAAUUUUUUAAUACUUUCAAGAGAGAAAACUAUCUGUGUAUACACAUGAAAUAUAUAUAUAUAUAUGUAUAAUAUAUAAAGACUAGCACCCUGCCUCUCUGUGCCCAGGCCCAGCCCUGGUGACACGGCACCACUCAGCAGUGCUGUCACUAUAAGCAUGGACUCCCAGGAGACAGUGUGGGAAACGCUCCUGCUUUAAAUCCUCAAGAAACGGCUCUUCCUGCCUGGAUGCAGGAGGGCAGGGGCCACCACAGAUUAAAGCUGUUACUGCACACGCA